AUGAAGCAUAUGUUCAAGGACGACACCGCCUCCCGGUCUAGUCGAGACAUCGAGGAGCUUACUCGUGAAGGGGGUCGUUCCUACGACAGUGAAGGUUUGAACGACCCUUCGAGAUCGAGUAAGCUACCCACCGGCACAGGGCCUGGCACCACAGGCAAGGUCGGAUCUGAAAGGGUCAUGGAACAUGAUUUGGAUAGAGCCAGGAGUGAUCAAGGCAUUGCGGGUUAUGGCACCGACGCAGCCGCAGCGACCGGCGGGUCAUUGGCUGGAGCCCAUCAAGAUGCAAGGUCCUCGACUGGAAGCACCCAUUCGGGCACUAUCCCGGGUACCAAGCAGUCUGCUACUAUCGCCAACCCUGAUGCUGGUGGUGGCUCACGUCCCGGUGAAUUCAUUUCUGUCACUCGCGAGUUUGGUCGCAGUGAACAUCGCGAAGUCCUCGACGACCGCCAUGUAGCUGGUCACCGAAAACGAGACGUCAUGCCAACUGGCGACACUCAGGAGGACACUAGUCAACUCAACCCCGUCACUCACGAAUAUAUACGUCACCUCGAAACUGAGGAAGUGGAGCGCAUCAAGGAUCUCGAAAGACAUGUUCACCACGUCCAGCACCACACCCAACCUGUUGUUGCCCGUCAAGAUCUGCCUGAAGGUCAUAAGGACUUCGAACAUGGUGCCAAGGAGCGUACCGUCGUCGACAAAGGAACCAAAAUCACGGAGCAUGUUCACCACCACGUCCACCAUGUCAUCCAACCAGUGAUCGAGAAAGAGACAAUCGACCGCCAGCACAUCCAUACUACGAUCCCGAUUCACGAGGUUACUCAAGAAGCCCCUAUUGUCCACCAGUCGCAAACCCAUGCUCCUAUCCCUAUGGACCAUUUCGUCGAGCGUGGAGGCGCGCUCCGUGGAGGUACCACCCCCGAUGUUGUUGAGAAGACCCUCCUACGUGAGGGUAAAUGUAUUCGUACUGUUGACGGUGUCGCCGAAGAUAUGGAAAAGAGGCUUCAUUUGGGAAAGGAGUCUACCACGGCCGUCCACUCGAAGGACCCUGAGUUGAUUAAGACCAAGGUCACCCAGCGUACGACCACAGUCGUCGAUCCCGACUUGUAUCAGGGUCCCGCUCCCGCUGGGCGCAAUUAG